AUGGUAGGCGUGGGAACGGGUGGCAUGCACUCCCACAACAGCGGGGUGCGCUGGUCAAGGCCCCUGCCAAAUUUAGCUCCGGGACCAGCGCUGCCAGUCGGUGCCGCACUGCAUCAGUGGCCUCAACCCACCACAGCUCUCUGCGGUUCUCCUGCGUGCCCUCUGGUGUCCCCCCUCCCUCCCUCUCUGAGCUCUCUGCUCCUCUUUCUCCUCUCCGUCUCCCGCCAUCGCGUCCAGCUGUGGCCCUCGCAGGGCGCGCUCGCUGGCUCUCACCUGACAGGUCCCUGGCCUCAGGACGACAGCCAGCACCAACACGUUCCCUACAUGAGGGACAAAGCGACGCAGACCCCCCGGGCCUGGGCAGAUGAGAGGAGGAGGGGCUCUCACAAACGCUCGGCCUCCUGUGGGAGCACCGACCAGCUCAAGGAGAUUGCAAAACUGCGUCAGCAGCUCCAGCGCAGCAAACGCAGCAGCCGCCAUCGGAGGGAUAAAGACCGGAAGUCCCCGUUCAAUGGCAGCCAUACCAUCAUCCAGUCGCAGUCGCCCAUGCCCAAAACCAUCCUGAUACCCAUCCCUAUAUCCAAGUCAUCGGCGCCUCGUUUCCGCAACAGCGUGGAGGGCCUCAACCAGGAGAUAGAACGCAUCAUUAUCCGAGACACCCCUGAGAAGGACGAGACCAUUGUCCCACAGGACAUCCCAGAUGGGCACCGCGCACCCCCACCUGUCCCCCCGCAGCGCAGCAGCAGCACCCGCAGCAUCGACACGCAGACACCCUCAGGGGGCGGCCUGAGCGGUAACCACAGCAACUGCAGUAGCCGUCCGGACUCCAUCUCGCCCUCCUACCUCACCGUCCUCAAUGACACGAGUGGAGGCAGCCCCUAUGAGGACAAAGAGCUGGGCCCCUGCUCCCCGCUGCCUAAGUAUGCUGCCUCUCCCAGACCUAACAACAGCUACAUGUUCAAGAGAGAACCCCCAGAGGGCUGCGAGAAGGUCAAAGUGUUCGAGGAGUCCAUGCCCAAGACUCUGCAGGAGAUCCCUCCCUUCCUGUGUCCCGACCGCAACAAGGUCAACUUCAUCCCCAACAGCGGCUCUGCCUUCUGCCUCGUCAGCAUCCUCAAGCCCUUACUCCCCGCCCCGGACCUCAGCUUCCGCCCCGGGGUGGGCCUGCGAAGCCUGUCCCCGUCCCUCGUGCCUCUGUCCACCCAGCCCUGCCUCCUGGAGGAGCCCGAGAGCUUCUGACGAGGCUCCGAAGUCGCCACAAAACCCCAGAACGACCACCCACUAGAUCAGAAAAAAACAUUGGAAACUAGGAAACAACCCUUCAGCUCCAAAAAAUGCCUUCAGCAUGCCAGCUAAGCUCUCUCUGAUGUCCUUACCUUGUUGAAAAAGUGCUUCCCACUGCCUCUCCUCCUCAGACAACUACACCGUGAGAGUCCUGCAGCCCCGUGCGGGUGUUUGCAGCUAGCAUUUCAUCGCUUUCUUCUACCUUUAGUGCUGGUUAUGUUCCUGGUUUUUGGGAGGAAAAGGGUAAAAGGACAGACUCUUUUAUUUCAUCGUAUUAUACCAUGGCGCCUUU